ACAAUUAAGAUCUCCUCAAGAUGAUAUAGCGGGUUAUUUUGUAAAGACUCAUACACGGUCAGAUAGUGCAUAAUUUUGUAUUUAAUUUUGAACGUAGGUUAAAAAUAAACAAGUUCUUGCUAAUUUUUGUAACAACCCUUCCGAGUGUAUAAACGUAGCACGCGGAACGCAGAAUAUCUGUUUAAAUUGAUUGCUCAGGCAGGUGAAAACAGAAUUGGACGGCGAGGAAUGAUAAGAUGAAUGUAUUUCGUCUUUUCCUCUUCUCUUUGACAUGUCUUUUCUACGUUGUACUUGGAAACGUCGGCUUUUACGACGAAGGAAAGCAUGGCUACUCAGAUAUGUAUUACAAAUCUAAGCACAUGCCGUACCCGAUGCCAUACCACCAUCAACCAAUUGGAAUUGGUUAUGGAUACGGACAUGGGGGUGGAUGGGGAUUUGGUAGUGUCCUGCUAUCUAUAUUUGGUUUCAUCUUCUUCUUGUCCUUUCUGAUGCUCCUGUUCAGCCUUUUCUCUGGAAGAGGAGGUUCAUUUUUAUCUGGCUCUUCUUAUCCACAUGGGAAAGGAGGUGGUGAUAAACAGGGGCCAUUGAUAAUCAUAACCGGAACCAAUGGCAACAAUGGAAACAAUGGCAACAAUGGAAACAAUGGCAACAAUGGCAACAAUGGAAACAAUGGCAACAAUGGAAACAAUGGAAAUAAUGGCAACAAUGGUAGCAAUGGAGACAGUGGAAAUAAUGGCAACAGUGAAGAUAACGAUGGUAGUAACAACGGUCAUGUUAUCACUAUUAACAACAACAAUUCUGAUGAGUCUAAUGAGAACGACAAUUAAAACAGGCUCUUUAUUCAAAAAUGAAAUAUUUUCUGAUUCCUUCUUUUCUUUUACAUCAGUACAUAUGUACAAUGUUAAAACAAUGUUAGAUCCACAGACUUUUUGAAUAACACCACCGUACUCUGUAAUUGUACGAAUCAAUAAAGAGAAUCUAUUAACCUAA